AUGAUCGGCGGUUUGGUGGAUUUGAAGGACAUCGUUUCAUGCGAUGAUGGCAUGCUAGGAACUCUCUGGAAUUCUUCAUGUUAUGUUCCUUGUCUGCUUAAAGUUCCUUUGGCAGAGUCCGUCGAGAAAGCCAGGGGCUUCAUCGGAUCUGCAAAUCCCCUGGUCAAUGCGCUUGUUUAUUGA